UAAUUGGUGGGCCGUAAAUAGGGCUGAGCCCUAUCCACCUGAGCAGAGCCACUUUCAGGUAUUCAAGAGCUACAGGCAAAGUCGGGAAGUAGUCCAGGAACUAUUGUCGUUCUUCUGAAAGAGGAAAAAAAGGUUGUCGCCAUGACAAACAUCCGCGCCCUGGCUGGCCUCCUUGCCGUCCUCAGCUUUGUCCAGAGUAGCUGGCAGGUUCCUCUUCAUGACAUCUCAAGCUCGGAGACCGACGAUGAUUUAAUGAGGAGACAUUCGGAGGGAACGUUCUCCAACGAUUACAGCAGAUAUCUUGAAGACCAGAAAGCUCAGGACUUUGUUCGGUGGCUGAUGAACAAGAAGCGACCCGGCUCUAUUGAAAAGCGCCACACCGAGGGGACUUACACCAGCGACGUGAGCUCCUACCUCCAGGACCAGGCCGCAAAAGACUUUGUCACCUGGCUCAUCAUGACCGGCCAGACCCGAAGAGAAUGGGCAGUCAAGAUGCACAAUCGGGGGUUAAACUGGAGGAGGCACGUGGACGGAAGCUUCACCAGCGACGUGAACAAAGUCCUGGACUCCAUGGCGGCCAAGGAGUACUUACUCUGGGUCAUGAACUCCAAGUCUUCAGGGGAGAGUAAGAGAAGACAAGCCGAUCACUGAGGACAAGCUCUCUAUGAGGACGACGCAAGAAAACAAAUAUGAGGAACAGGAAGCCAUACAAAAAAAAACAAAAAAAAUUAAGAUUCUUCCAUUGUUUU